CUGUGUACCUCAAAUUUAUACAUAUUUGUAAUAAGUGUAAUAAAUUACCAUUCAUGGAUGGAAAUCUUAUAGCAUUCGUAUUGGAUUACACCAGCCACACAGGCGAGUGUGGCAUGAUGUAGUGGCGCCCUGAAACCAAGAGGAACAAAAUGCAUUUUCAAAUAAAAGCCAAGGCCACUUGGAAAAAUUGUUACAGUAUUAAGUUAAACGACAGAGCGUGUACACACAACAAACGACUGGCUAAAGGCAAAUAGCGGAUUACAAACAGAGAAAUAUAUAUUUGCAAAAAUAAAUGAUGGCCAGAACUAAGAACAUUUUCUUCAUAACCCUUGUAACUUUGUUGGUCAGCCAUGCCACAUGUUCCCACAUCGACACAGAGGAUUUAUCUCUCUCGGAUCCCCACCAAUCCUUGUCCACCGGUGGGGGUGGUCAUCACCAUCAACACUAUCAACCGGCCGAAUCAUAUUCCGAAGUCAAUAAACCCGUACCCGUACAAGUUAUUGAAAAGAUUCCAUUGAAUAUACCCCAUCCGGUGCCGGUUAAGGUACCCAAUGUUAUUCGAAUACAAAUACCCGAGCCAUAUGCCGUUCACAUUCCUGUGCAGCAAGAAAUUCAAGUGCCAACGUAUCGCAUUGUACCCGAGAUCACAGAGAAACGUAUCCCCUACACUGUGGAGAAACCAUAUCCUGUUGAAGUCGAGAAACCGUAUCCAGUUGAGGUUAUUAAGCAAAUAAAAAUUGCAGUGCCUAAACCAUAUCCUGUCCCCUACACAAUCUACAAACAUAUUGUCCAAAAAGAACAUGGUUGGUAAAAAAUAUCGGUUUAAUUUUACUCUUUAGAUGUAAGCGUUUUCGGUUAAGUUUCACAAUUAAAAUAAUAAGCUGUA